CGGCACGUCGGUCGCGCAUGGGGCGUGGUUGUGAGCAGGCCAAGUGGAGGUCGCACAGUGAGGAAUACUUUCAAGAUAGACGCGGGGCUAAAUCCAGCGCUGCUGCGCUACGGGUGCUGAAUGGCGCAUCGCUGUCUGUUGCUCUCCUGCGCUGGGCGGGCACUGACGGGGACUCUUGUACAGCUUCUACCCCGACCUGCUGCCGGCAGAGCAGGGGCCUGGUGCUUGGGCAGAAUCCACACCCAAGUAAAUUCAUCUGGGAAAGAAAGGACAUGGGCUAAUUUUCUUGCUGCUUACAGGAGACUCUCUUCUCAGCCCCCAAAAGGUUUUGAGAAAUAUUUCCCUAAUGGCAAAAAUGGCAAGAAAGCAAAUGAUAGCAAGGGAACGUCGAAUGGCUUAAAAGAUGCUAAUCGAAAUGAAAACCAACAGUCCACAGGAGGGAACAGUAAUUCUGGAGGAGGGGGUAAGCGAGGUGGAAAGGGAAGUGGAAAGAAAGAAGACUCAACAUGGUGGUCAAGAUUACAGAAGGGGGAAGUUCCAUGGGACGAUAAAGAAUUCAGAUUCUAUUUCAUGGCAAGUGCUGGUUUGUGGGCCGGCAUUACCUAUUAUUUCUUCUUCAGGAACUCUGGUAGAGAGAUUACUUGGAAGGACUUUAUCAAUAAUUACUUAUCAAAAGAUAUGGUGGACCGUCUAGAGGUUGUUAAUAAACGCUUUGUGAGAGUCAUAUUUACACAAGGAAAGUCACCCGUUGAUGGGCGGUAUGUCUGGUUUAAUAUUGGCAGUGUGGACACUUUUGAGAGAAAUUUGGAAACUGUGCAGCAAGAGCUUGGUAUAGAAGCAGAAAACAGGAUACCAGUGGUCUAUUCUUCUGAAAGUGAUGGUUCCUUCCUGCUGAGCAUGCUUCCUACAGUACUGAUCAUUGGCUUCCUUCUGUACACACUGAGAAGGGGGCCAGCUGGAGGAAGGCAAGGCCGUGGUAUGGGAGGCCUGUUCAGUGUUGGAGAGACAACGGCAAAAGUGCUUAAGGAUGAAAUUGAUGUGAAAUUCAAGGAUGUAGCUGGAUGUGAAGAAGCAAAACUCGAGAUAAUGGAAUUUGUUAAUUUCCUGAAAAAUCCAAAGCAAUAUCAAGAUUUGGGUGCAAAAAUACCAAAGGGUGCCAUUCUGACUGGUCCUCCUGGCACAGGGAAGACAUUGCUGGCAAAAGCUACAGCAGGAGAAGCCAAUGUCCCUUUCAUCACAGUCAAUGGCUCAGAGUUCCUAGAGAUGUUUGUUGGUGUUGGACCAGCCAGAGUGCGUGAUUUAUUUGUAUUGGCAAGAAAAAAUGCCCCUUGUAUCCUUUUCAUUGAUGAGAUCGAUGCAGUUGGCAGAAAGAGAGGUCGUGGGAACUUUGGUGGUCAAAGUGAGCAGGAGAACACACUCAAUCAACUCCUGGUUGAAAUGGAUGGGUUUAACACAGCAACAAAUGUAGUCGUUUUAGCUGGCACAAAUAGACCAGAUAUUUUAGAUCCUGCACUCAUGAGACCUGGGCGGUUCGACAGACAGAUCUAUAUAGGUCCUCCAGAUAUUAAAGGCAGAGCAUCUAUAUUUAAAGUGCACCUCAGGCCUUUGAAGUUAGAUGGAGCUAUUGAAAAAGAAAUUUUGGCAAGGAAGCUUGCUGCAUUAACACCUGGUUUCUCUGGAGCUGACAUUGCGAAUGUGUGUAACGAAGCUGCUCUCAUCGCGGCAAGACAUCUUUCUGAUGCCAUAAAUCAAAAGCAUUUUGAGAAUGCCAUUGAGAGGGUGAUAGGAGGUUUGGAAAAGAAGACCCAAGUCCUUCAGCCAGAGGAAAAGAAAAUAGUUGCUUAUCAUGAGGCUGGCCAUGCAGUGGCAGGGUGGUUUCUGGAGCAUGCUGAUCCCCUUUUAAAGGUGUCUAUCAUUCCAAGAGGCAAAGGAUUAGGCUAUGCACAGUAUUUGCCUAAAGAACAGUAUUUAUAUACAAAAGAGCAGCUGCUGGAUAGGAUGUGCAUGACACUGGGAGGUCGUGUAUCAGAGCAGAUAUUUUUUGGAAGAAUUACAACUGGAGCACAAGAUGAUCUAAAGAAAGUCACUCAAAGUGCCUAUGCACAGAUUGUGCAGUUUGGAAUGAAUGAAAAAGUUGGCCAAGUGUCUUUUGACCUCCCACGACAAGGAGAAAUGGUGUUGGAGAAGCCUUACAGUGAAGCAACUGCCAGACUGAUUGAUGAUGAAGUUCGAGUUCUUAUUAACAGCUCUUACGAGAGAACACUAAAGCUUCUAACUGAGAAGAAAGCGGACAUUGAAAAGAUUGCCCUUCGCUUGCUAGAGAAAGAGGUACUCGAUAAAAGUGACAUGGUUGAGUUAGUGGGCAAAAGACCCUUUGCUGAAAAGUCUACUUACGAAGAGUUUGUUGAAGGCACAGGUAGUUUGGAUGAAGAUACUUCCCUCCCUGAGGGCCUAAAAGACUGGAACAAAGAGAGAAAAAAUGAAAGGGACGAUUCUCCUGAUGAGCCGAUUGCCCGACAGAUCAGUGGCCCGAUGCCUUUUUGAUCUGUUAUACAAUUUGUCAAUGACUUUUAGCACUUUUUUUUUUUUUUUCAUUAUGCUGGAGCUUUGAAAUUUGGUGAACACAGAUGAGAUGAUGGUGGUUUCUGAUACAGUCCAAAAUUAUAAGAGUUAUGGAUGUUUUAACAUGUUCACUUUGGCUAUUCUUAUGUGCUAUAGAUGAAUGCAAGUGUUGCGUCCCCCAGCAUAUGUGACCUUUAUACACUUGUUUUACUUUCUGAUGAGCUGGUAAGGAGGUUGCAAAAUUGCAUUGUAGCCUUGGCAACAAAACACCUGCUGAUUUAUUAUUGUGGUGGAUAUGUGUACACCCUCGAGCAAUCUGCAAAGAAUGUCUUAUUUUUAAAAUUAAUAUUUAAAAGGAGAACUAGUCCUAUCCAUCAGUGCGAGGCAUGACUAUAACCUCACUAGAACAGAGACACCUUCACAUUUUCAGCUCCAUGGAUAAUAAGCAAAUGUGCCAACUGCUAGUUCACAGCAGCUGCUUCAAGUAUUGCAAACAAGAUAAUAUAUUUUUUGACAUGAAAAAAAAUGUUUUAAAACAACUUAAUGAAAUUUGGGACUGCACAAAUGCAUUGCAAUUUACAAAUGUUAAAUAGAUGACUAAUGUGCAAGGAACUAAUGUUUUAUGUAAGUAUUUAUGUCACUAUCCAAAAGCAAACUGAACAAACAAUA